CUCUUUAUUUCCAAACAAGUGCUCUGAUCCUCAAAUGGGUCUUCUUUAAAUACCAAAACGAUAUCUGGGUUUGAAUCGUUUGAUCGGAAAGCAAAAACAGAGAGAUACAGAGACAAUGGCAAUGCCAUGGGCCUUGACCCUUUGGUUGGUAGAGAUGGUGUGGGUGGCUCUGACUGGCUGGGUCUCUUCUUGCCUGAUCGUUGCUGAUGAUGUUGCCAGCUCUCUCAGAACCGGCGAUAUUGGUCCUUUCCAUGUUGGCUGA